CGUCAUAUCCGGGAGACUUAGAGCCCGUGCGGAGGCGGUACGGAGCGCUUCGCUUCUCAGCGGCUCAGGAACCACUGCGUGGUGCGAGGCUGCGGCGGAGCCUCUAGACAGAAGGCGCAAGAGGUUGGCAGCUUCGAUUGAAGCACAUCGAGCGGCGAAGGCAGAUAGGAGUCAUGAGCGACAGCGGCGAGCAGAACUACGGCGAGCGGGAAUCCCGUUCUGCUUCCAGAAGUGGAAGUGCUCAUGGAUCUGGGAAAUCUGCAAGGCAUACCCCUGCAAGGUCUCGCUCCAAGGAAGAUUCCAGGCGUUCCAGAUCAAAGUCCAGGUCCAGAUCUGAAUCUAGGUCUAGAUCCAGAAGAAGUUCUCGAAGGCAUUAUACAAGGUCACGAUCUCGGUCCCGCUCCCAUAGAAGAUCCCGUAGCAGAUCUUACAGUAGAGAUUAUCGAAGACGACAUAGCCAUAGUCAUUCUCCCAUGUCUACUCGCAGGCGUCAUGUUGGGAAUCGGGCAAAUCCUGAUCCCAACUGUUGUCUUGGAGUAUUUGGAUUGAGCUUGUACACUACAGAAAGGGAUCUAAGAGAAGUGUUCUCUAAAUAUGGCCCAAUUGCUGAUGUGUCUAUUGUAUAUGACCAGCAGUCCAGACGUUCAAGAGGAUUUGCCUUUGUAUAUUUUGAAAACGUAGAUGAUGCCAAGGAAGCAAAAGAGCGUGCCAAUGGAAUGGAGCUUGAUGGACGUAGGAUCAGAGUUGAUUUCUCUAUAACAAAAAGACCACAUACCCCAACACCAGGAAUUUACAUGGGGAGACCUACCUAUGGCAGCUCACGCCGUCGGGAUUACUAUGACAGAGGAUAUGAUCGAGGCUAUGAUGAUCGGGACUAUUAUAGUAGAUCAUACAGAGGAGGCGGUGGAGGAGGAGGAGGAUGGAGAGCCGCUCAAGACAGGGAUCAAAUAUAUAGAAGACGGUCACCAUCUCCUUACUAUAGUCGUGGAGGAUACAGAUCACGAUCCCGAUCUCGAUCAUACUCUCCUCGUCGCUAUUAAAAAGCAUGAAGUUGAAGACUUUCUGAAACCUGCCCUAGAGUUGGGAUAUUGUUUGUGGACAAUAUUUUUUAUUGUCUCCUGUUUAAAAAGUGAACAGUGCCUAGUGAAGUUAGGUGACUUUUACACCUUUUAUGAUGACUACUUUUGGUGGAGUUGAAAUGCUGUUUUCAUUCUGCAUUUGUGUAGUUCGGUGCUUUGUUCAAAGUUAAGUGUUUUCAGAGAAGUAUGUUUUGCAUGUAUUUUUUUACAGUCUAAAUUUUGACUGCUGAGAAGUUUCUAUUGUACAAAACUUCAUUUAAAAGGUUUUUCUACUGAAUCCAGGGUAUUCUGAAGAUCGAAGCCUGUGUGUAAAAUGCUACCAAAUGGCAAAAAGCAACAAUAAAGUCUGGUUUUUACUUUUC